UCCAACUCUCAGCAACUCCGACUGGCACUCUACAGGGAUUCAACCCUAAAGAAGAGAAAACUGUGCAGGAAACACCAGCAAUCACUAUCGGCAAUGCCAGCAACAAGAGGACAUACAGAUCUGCAGCCUGCAGAACCUCUCAACAUGAAUCACUAUGCCACUAAGAAGAGUGUAGCAGAGAGUAUGCUGGAUGUGGCACUGUUGAUGGCAAACGCCUCCCAACUGAAAUCUGUUCUGGAGCAGGGCCCUGAGUUCAAGUACUACCUCACUGUCAUCAUACUCAUCGCUGCCUCACUCUUCUUCCAAGUACUAGCUGGGGCUCUGUUCGUCAACAUGGCUCGCAAAAACCUCAAUGAAGUGGCCAAUCAGAGGAAGCUGGACAUAAUGAAUAAUGUGGCCACUGCACUGGUGUCUCUCACUGUCAUCAUCAACAUUUUCAUCACAGCGUUUGGUGUGCAGAAGACAGGUCUCUAUCCCAAGCAGUAACUGUCUCUUGAUCAUACAGGUGAUACAGGGUCUCCAGCAUAGCAAUGGUUGCGAAAGUCACAAGCCGUUCCAAUCGUAAAACACUACCUGCAGAAUUAUCUUAGUUUCUUUUUUAUUUAUUUAUGCACAGGUAAUUAUAUAAGAAUCCAUAAAUACAAUUAUAUUUAUUUAUCAAAUGUGCUGUGCUGUGAUAACUUACCUUGAGGCAAAUUUAUUAGAGCUUGUUGUAUUGUAUCUGACUAGUGUUCUAUAUGUCCCCAAUAAAACUAACAAUAAAGGCUUAUUCCCAAACUUAUUGCAUAAUCACAG